AUGUUCAGCUCACACGCCAGUGUGAACGGUGGAAACAUAUACGGAAGCAAGACAUCUAUACAAAAGAGUCGCAGAGAUACAUCAAUGCCUCCUUCCACUCACGAUGCUGCUGCAGACGGAGCACCCGUCACUCCAUCAUCCUCUCGUCAGCGCGAAGGAUUUUUGCACAGCAUUGGAAGUGCCCUUUACCGCACGCUGCCAUGGGUAUCAAAGUCCAAAAAGUCAAGAUCAGAUUCAGAGAAUGAGCCGCUGCCUGUUAAGGCAGCUGCUGCGUCCACCACGUAUCAAUCUCAUCCAUCACAUAUCCCUCCUAAGUCAUCGACUUUGAGUCCUGCAUCUUCCUUACACACUAGCUUGAAGUCUAGCUCAACGAAUCAAAAGCCUGCGUCCUGGUCAGUUCGUGAAAUUCAUUCCAACUCUCCGACUAUCUACAGACCCACACCGCGCGCCAAAUGGGGCACUCUGGAUUUGGGACCUCCAACGACCCCGUCACUUUCGUCUCAUUCGCGUCCCCAAGAAAUACUCUCCGCAGCGGGAAUUUCAUCAAGUACAAAUUCGACUACGUCCGUCCUAGGCAAGCGUGGUGAGCCUGUUGAAGAUGGCCAGAUAGAGGAGGAAUCAACAUAUGUACCCUCGGCUCGUAAGCGUCGGAUGGUUUGGGAUCCCGAGAUGGGUUUUGUUGACACAGAGGAUCUUGCAUCCCGUCGUCCGCCGCCGCCACCACCGCAGAACGAGGCUGAGCGUAUUCUUCGAGCCCUGGAAAGUAUGCGUACUCCUCUCGGCGAUGCGCGCCGCGACAAACUCAUACGCUCUCAAUCGCUUCCAUCGUGGCAUUCAACCUCUAUCCCAAUUCCUCUUCCGAUGCCCCAGCGUGAAGGCGUACUUUUAGAAUUUCGAAAGCCUGCAUUCCGUACUAUUUCGCCACAUACUCGCUCGUUGCACAGGUCCCAGCGACUUCGUCGGUCACAAGCGGCACACCAACCAACUAUGCGAUCGAAGCUCCAAGAGUCUAUUCGUUCUAGUGAUACCCUAUUCCAGCCAUCAGCUGCUGUCCAUUUGGAUGACGAUAGUACUUAUGAUGAGCCUGAGGAGCCCAUGCGGCGUCCCAAGCGUCAAACGCAGUUGAAUCAAAAGAAGUCACGAGCAAAACUUGUCCGAACAGCAACGAAAAAGAUUGGAAUUCCUGCUCGUGAUACGGACGCAUAUUCGGAACCUGAUAAUGGUCACAGAGCGGAGCAUGAAGCUACACCUAUGUCCGAUGCGCACCUUAUAUCGGACGCUAAGCCAAAGAUACCUAUGGCUAAACGUAAUAAAUUCGAGGUUCAGAAAAACGAAGGCUCUCGGUCAAGUCGUUCGGUUCUUCGUCAAGGCAGCGCCAAGACGACCAGGCGCCAUGCGCCAUCAUCAGGACGCAUUACUGCCUUUGAUGAUGAAGAAGAAGAAGACCCAAUGCCUAGCAGUGAGGAGCUUUCAAAGAUUAAGCUGCCUUCGUCCAUGUUCCCAAGUGACUUUCGCUUUGAUAAAAAAAUGGGAACCAAAAAUGAAUACCCGUCAGAAAAGUCAGGCGAUGAUUUACACUCGUUUGCUCAUAAAGACGACAAGGGUGCUAUAACUACGACUCCAGCGAAGGAGCCAGCUCCUGGUUCUGUUCGGUUUGAUUUGAAUUCAACAACUUCGAAAAAACAUGUCGAACCGUCUUUGUUCUUUAGCUCGGCGCCCUCAAGUGCCUCAGAUAACAACUCAUUAAGCACAACAAAGAACUCGGGGCCAAUUCCCGACUUUUUCGGCACUUCUCGCAAGGACACGAGGCAACCAUCGAGGUCUGCGUCUCAAUUAAGUGUGGUCAGCGCUUUUAGCACCAAGCCGAAUUUGGCGUCAGAUGCUAAGGAAGAUGGCGGUAUGAAAAAACGCGAGCGGGAUAAUGAAGAGCCACCAUCAAAAAAGCCGAUGCCUUCAGCCAACAAAGAGGAUUUGGGUGCAAAACCGUCUUUCUCGUUUGAGCAACCUGUCGGAAAGAAAGAUCAAAAGCCAGCGUUUUCGUUUGGGCAACCCACCGAGAAGAAAGACGAAAAGCCAGCAUUCUCGUUUGGGCAAACCGCCGAAAAGAAGGAUGAAAAGCCAGCAUUCUCGUUUGGGCAACCUGCCGAAAAGAAAGACGAAAAGCCAACGUUCUCGUUUGGGCAACCCACCGAGAAGAAAGACGAAAAGCCAGCAUUCUCGUUUGGGCAACCCACCGAGAAGAAAGACGAAAAGCCAGCAUUCUCGUUUGGGCAGCCUGCAGAAAAGAAAGAUGAUAAACCAGCGUUUUCGUUUGGGCAACCCGCCGAGAAGAAAGAUGAUAAACCAGCGUUUUCGUUUGGGCAACCUGCCGAGAAGAAAGAUGAAAAGCCAGCAUUCUCGUUUGGGCAAACCACCGAAAAGAAAGAUGAAAAGCCAGCAUUUUCGUUUGGGCAACCCGCCGAGAAGAAAAAUGAAAAGCCAGCAUUCUCGUUUGGGCAACCCACCGAGAAGAAAGACGAAAAGCCAACGUUCUCGUUUGGGCAACCCACCGAGAAGAAAGACGAAAAGCCAGCAUUCUCGUUUGGGCAGCCUGCAGAAAAGAAAGAUCAAAAGCCAGCGUUUUCGUUUGGGCAACCCACCGAGAAGAAAGACGAAAAGCCAGCAUUCUCGUUUGGGCAAACCGCCGAAAAGAAGGAUGAAAAGCCAGCAUUCUCGUUUGGGCAAACCACUGAAAAGAAAGAUGAAAAGCCAGCAUUCUCGUUUGGGCAGCCUGCAGAAAAGAAAGAUGAUCAACCAGCGUUUUCGUUUGGGCAACCCGCCGAGAAGAAAAAUGAAAAGCCAGCAUUCUCGUUUGGGCAACCCACCGAGAAGAAAGACGAAAAACCAACGUUCUCGUUUGGGCAACCCACCGAGAAGAAAGACGAAAAGCCAGCAUUCUCGUUUGGGCAGCCUGCAGAAAAGAAAGAUGAUAAACCAGCGUUUUCGUUUGGGCAACCCGCCGAGAAGAAAGAUGAUAAACCAGCGUUUUCGUUUGGGCAACCUGCCGAAAAGAAGGAUGAAAAGCCAGCAUUCUCGUUUGGGCAAACCACCGAAAAGAAAGAUGAAAAACCAGCAUUCUCGUUUGGGCAGCCUGCAGAGAAAAAGGAUGAGAAGCCGGCGUUUUCAUUCGGCACCUCGGCAGACACAGGAUCGUCUUCACCAUCGUUCUCUUUUGGAACAUCUCCCUCGAAUGUCGGUGGGAAAUCGUUCGGUCAGCCUGUCGACUCCCAGACUUCGGCUUCAACUUUUUCGUUCGGGUCUGCACCUAACUCUGGCGCAACCACUCAAAACCCACCGGCCUUCUCAUUUGGCGCAUCGACUCCUGCCUUCUCAAUCGGAAAAGAUGUCAAAUCGUCCACAAAUUCUGCACCUAGCAGUGCUCCGUUGUUCUCGUUUGGUGCAUCAACGGCCGCUGCACCGGCGCCUGUGCCACCCUCGGCACCUGCAGCAUCGCCAUUUACGUUCGGUCAGCCUUCCGCGACAUCGACACCCCCCGUAUCAUUCGGAUCCUCAGCAUCGUCCGUGCCAUCGUUUGGUGCAAAUAGUGCGUCGAUGGCUCCGACAACGUCGUUUUCAUUUGGAGCGCCUGCUGCUGCACCGGCGCCGACAACGUCGUUCUCAUUCGGCAGUGCCCCUCCUAGCGGAGCAUUUCAGUUCGGUGCAGGUGCCCCUGCAGCCCCUGCAAGCAAUGGCGGCGGCAUUGCUCCGACGACGUCAUUUUCGUUUGGCGCUGCAGCACAGCCUGGACCAACAGCAGCACCGUCAUUCACAUUCGGGAGCGGUGGUACGAAUUCACCUGCUUCUGGCUCGCCAGCGCCUUUCACCUUCGGUACACCACCGCCGUCAUCGACUGACAGCGCUGGUGCAGGUGGUGGAGGCCUAUUUAAUAUGGGCACGUCGCCAGCGACGGCAGGUCGCCAAAUUAAACCAUUGCGACAGUCGCGGCGCCGUAACUAG